AAUCAAGGGCUUGAGGCUUAAGAGAGCACACAAGUACGCAGUAGAGGAAAUAGGAGUAGUUUACAAGCGGCAAAUAGGAAGAGAUCGAUCCAAGACGAUGGCCGGCGAAGGAGACGACGUCAAGCUGCUGGGCGCGGCGGUGAGCCCGUUCGCGGUCCGCGUGCGAAUGGCGCUGCACCUCAAGGGCGUGAGCUACCAGUACCUGGAGCAGGACCUGUUCGACAAGGGUGAGCUCCUCCUCGCCACCAACCCGGUGCUCAAGAAGGUCCCCGUGCUCAUCCACGCCGGCAGGCCCGUCUGCGAGUCGCUCGCCAUCGUCGAGUACGUCGACGAGGUCUGGGCUGACGGCGCCUCGCUCCUCCCUGCCGACCAUUACGGCCGCGCCGUAGCCCGCUUCUGGGCCGCCUACAUUGAUGACAAGCUGUUCCCCGCAUGGAUAAGCAUCUUACGUGCCGCCACGGAGGAGGACAGAACCGAGAAGCUCGAGGACGCGCUCGCGGUGGUCGGGCCCAUGGAGGACGCCCUCGUCCAAUGCUCUGGUGGGAAGGACUUCUUCGCCGGCGACUCCGUCGGGUACCUCGACCUUGCGCUCAGGUGCAACCUCUUCUGGUUCAAGGCGUUGCGAGAGAUGUUCGGCGUGACGGUCAUCGACGCCAGCAAGACUCCGCGCUUGGCCACCUGCUGA